CACAGUUAUCAAUUGGACAGGCUGUCUACUUUGCAAAUAUGUUUGUGCUUAGACUACGUCCAUUUGCUGCAAGAAGAUAAUAUAUUGUAAGUACAAUAUAAGAAGAACUUAAUAAAAUACACAACAACAUGGAAACACAAUAACACAAUUACAGGUGAUUGGUAAUGCAUAAAAAUCACAUGAUAACUGUUAAUAGAAUUGAUUCCGAAAUAUUGAUUGGACAUUGGAAUACAUAUUUUAAUACCUUUAGAAUUCAGGAUCAGCAUUAUGUUAUAUGAACUACAUGUACUGAUUGUAGUUUUUAUAGGGGUGGUGGCGGGAGAUAUUGAUUCUGUAGUCACGCCAUCACUUAUUCCCCUAUAUGACAACGGAGGCGCAUAUGGAGACCCUCCUUCUUUCAACAUGCAGAUCAUCCUUGACGUUUCCUGUUUUAUGGACACUGAAGACUUGGAGAGGGCGAAAAACGUAACAAAUUACGUAAUAAGACAGACCAAGUCCAUAAAUAACUCAAAUGCAAACAUCGGAUUGAUUCUUCAUAAGUUUAGAAAAACCGACGUGAUUAGUUCAAGUAGUACAAGAAGGCAAUUCAGGAAGGCAGUUAACGCAUAUAAUGGGACGAAAUGUAAAUUAAAACCUGAGAAAUUUCUGGAACAGACAUUUGGAGAUAUUCUUAACCAAACAAUGAAAUAAAACGAAUGAAAUACAGUAUGGGGAAAUCAUAGUUAUACUAUAGCAACAGGGGCUUGUGUGGACAGAAGGUUAGGUGACGUUAUGCAACGCUGUCUAAAAUUGACAGUUAUAACUGGGAAUGCGACCAGCUUAACUAUAAUGCCAGAAGGCUGCCCUCAAUGAUAACAUUUACAUGUUAAAUGAUGGUCUUUUUUCCGAAUAAUGAUUCAUGCAGUUUA